GGUAGACCUCCAUCAUUAGAAGAGAAAUAAACGCCUCUGUUGAAUGGGUUACUCUUGAAUUGUGCUAAGAAAAGUAAGACCUCCGGUUCCUCUCUCCCCUUCCCAGAACAAUUCUGUUCAAUGUUGAGGAGAAGCACCGUGCCAUGGAUGUGAAAGAGAGGAAACCUUACCGAUCCUUGACCAGGCGGUGUGACACAGACCGUCGAUAUACCAGCUCCUCGGCUGACAGUGAUGAAAGCAAAAUACAACCCAAGUCUUACAGCUCCAGCGAGACGUUGAAAGCUUACGACCAAGACUCAAGGCUGUCCUACAGCAAUCGAGUGAAGGAAAUGGUCCAUCAGGAGGUCGAUGAGUUUUGUCGAACUGGUGGCAGUUUCACUCUACAAGAACUGGGUCUUGGUGAAGUCACACCUCCCCAUGGAACACUAUACCGGACUGAUAUUGGCCUGCCACAUUGCGGUUAUUCUAUGACUGGAGAAAACGAUGCAGACAAUGAAGCUGACUGUGUCUUAUCACCAGAACAACCGGUGAGACUCUGGACAAGAAACGCCAAGUCUGGACGUAGCUCAUGCUUGUCUAGCAGAGCCAACUCCAACCUGACCCUCACCGACACCGAGCACGAAAACACCGAAAAUGAUCUUCAAGAUGUGGAGUUGAUGAAUCCUGCUCUAGAACAGUGUUUUCCAACCACAGUCCUUGGGGACAGUCAACCGUUCCAGUUUUCAGGAUAUACCCACAGGAGCACAGGUAGAUCAAACUGUGCUAAAGAGAGGUCUGCUGCAACUAGGUGGACUGAUAUUCAGAACAUCAAUUCCUAUUGCUCCAUUAUAAAUAAGGCAAGAUGGAGACAAGUGCCAAGUCACACAUUGCAACUCAUUUGCAACACAAGUUGUGAGUCAUACCCCCCAUCAUCUCAUAUUUUAGUAGAAUCACAUAUAAUAAACAUAGCCUAUGGAGAAGAUGCCACCAUCAACAAGUAA